AUGACGACGAAGUCUGCUCCAACUGAGGCCUUCAGAAAAUAUUUCCUGCCAUCCAGGUUUAUUCUUUCGGAUACCUUGUUUAUCCUUAUUGUCGAGUACUGUAAUAGUCUGUGUAAUGUUAGGUUCUAUGUGAGUAUUAGGAAGUUGAAGUUUGAAACAGGUUUUGGUUUUUCAGGGAUGAGUUCUACAAAGUUAUUCACUAUUAAAUUUGAAGCUUGUGGCAUACCAUCUGAAAUAAGAAAUAUUGAUCCAGAAGAGUAUAGCUUAAUUGUGUUCAUCAAGGAUGUUAAGCAAUGUAUUGCAAAUGAAAAUGAGGAGGUGCAACUUUAUCCAGGUGAGCAGAUAAAAGUUGAAGCAAGAUCAGCUAAUGGAGAGGGUAAUUACAUCAUUGCCAGUGAUGAGGACAUGAUGUUUGUCUUUGAAGAGUAUAGAAAAGUAGGUCAGCAAAUUAUUCAGAUGUAUGUUGAAUUUAUUCCAGUACAGAGCAGAUCUCCUCGGCCUCUACUACCUUCACACAGUCAACCCAACACCGAACCAACAGAACGUAACUCACCCAACACCCAACCAACAGAGCCUAACUCACCCAACACCCAACCAAUAGAAAGUUCUGAUGAGGGAGAAGAAUUUACCCAGCAUGAUGAUGACUUUCAUUGGAGUGAUGCAUCACAUGAAGAUGAGACUAUUAGUCAUGCCGAAGUUGAAAUCAGGUCUGAAUCUGUUGAGGAUGAUGAUGAGACACGAGGACUUAAUUAUAAAUCUGACAAUAGUGAUGGGGAAAGUGAUGAGGGAGAAGAUGAUGGUGCUACCAGAUUAGCUAGACAUAUGAAGGGAAAGGCUUUUAAGAAAGGUGCAGAUGGGAAGAUUUAUUUUGAGGUUGGACAUGUUUUUGACAGUGUUGAACAUUUCAGGGGUGUGCUGAAAGAUUACACGGUUGAUCGUGGGUUUGCUACAAAAAAGAUAUACAAUGAGAAGAGAAGAAUAAAGGUUGUGUGUAGAUCAGAAGGCUGCCCAUUCCAUCUCUAUGCAGCUCUGAUGGUAGAUGGUCAAUCCUACCAAAUACGUCAGUACGAGCAUAUGCACACAUGCCUCAGGGUUAAUGAUAACCCAGCUGCGAGUGCAUUAUGGGUAGCUGAGAAAUUUGGCAGGUUUAUAAGGUCACAAGAAGGCAGUAGCAUUAAGCCUCUAGCUUCUCAGUUGGAGCAGGAGCAUUUUUUAAAGAUAAAUCAUAGAAAAUUGUAUAGGGCUAAGAAAAUUGCCACUGGUUUGACAGCAAAGGAGCAUGCAGAGUCGUAUAACUGGCUGUUUAAAUAUUGUCAUAUUGUGUUGAUGACCAAUACAGGAUCAAAAGCUGCCCUAAAGGUAAUUAGGGAUGAAAUUCCCUCGACACCGCGUUUUCAUCGCUUUUUUCUAAGUUUUGCUGCACAGAAGAAAGGCUUUUUAGAGGGUUGUCGUCGUUUUAUAGGGGUUGAUGGAUGCCAUCUGAAGGGGCAUUUUGGGGGAGUCCUGCUGUCUGCUGUAGCGAUUGAUGCGAACAGUGGGAUAUUCCCAUUGGCAAUCUGUGUUUGUGAAGUAGAAAACAAUGAUAGUUGGGGUUACUUUCUGGGGAUGUUGAAAGAAUUCAUGGGUGAUGUCUUGCCUAUCACUUUCAUGAGUGAUAGGCAAAAGGGAAUAAUACAUGCCUUGCAAACUCAGUGGCCUAAUGCAAAGAGUAGAUUUUGUGCAAGACAUGUAUAUGCGAAUUUCAGGAAAACUUUCCCUGGGGUACAUCUUCGAAAUCUGUUUUGGGCUAUUUCUAGAGCAUCAAAUAAAGUGGAUUUUCAUGAGGCAUUAAAUAAAAUGAAGGCAGUGGAUGAAACUGCUUACAAGUGGGUAAUUGACAAUGAGCCAGAUCAAUGGUCUAGAUUUGGCUUUGACACUGAAGCCAAAUCUGACCAUAUCACAAAUAAUAUGUCUGAAACAUUUAAUAGUUGGCUUGGAGAAGGUCGGGAGCUGCCUAUUCUCAGUUUGUUGGAGUUGUAUCGAAGAAGAAUAAUGAAGAGACUUUAUAGUAGGCUGAAGGCAGGGACUGAAUGGGUCACUCCAUUGCCCCCACUUGUUGUUAAAAAAUUGAACAAAAGUAUUGAGACAGCUCGAAAUGUCUCUAUUUCAUAUGCUGGACUGCAAGAGUUCGAGGUGAUUGAUAUGAAUGGUAUUCCAAGCAGAACAUACACCUUGAAUUUGGACAAAAGAAUCUGUGAUUGUGGGAUGUGGCAGCUGUCUGGGAUUCCCUGCCAACAUGCAAUCUGCUCAAUAUUGCACAUGAACUUCCCUACCAUUGAUAAGUUUGUAGAUGACAGGUUGCAAAUUUCAGCAUAUAUGAGAACAUAUGCUGAAAUUAUUCAUCCUAUUCCAGACAAGAGAACCUGGCCAGAGGAAUGUGAAGAUAAGCUGCAGCCACCUGUUAGGCAUGGCAAAGCUGGCAGGCCCAGAAAGGCUAGGAGGAAAGACCCCACUGAAGAGAGAAAGAGAAAACCUGUGUCUACACUUAGGUGUAGUCACUGCCAUGAAUUGGGGCACAACAAAAGGUCCUGCCAAUACAAUCCAAACAAUGCAGGAAGACCCAAAAAAAAGAGAAGAACAAUCCCAACCAUGGAAAGCCAGUCAGCUAAAAGUCAGUUUGGUUCAUCUUCUUCCUCACAGCAUCCAGAGUCACAGAUACAAUGAAACUGGGGAUUUCCCUUAUGUAAAUUUUUUGGAUAAUUGCUCAAUUGCUCAGUUAUAAAUUUUUUGGAUAAUUUUUUGGUUCAUCUUCUUCCUCACAGCAUGUAAAUUUUUUCUAUAGCUCAGUGAAAUGUUCUCUGCAUGUAAAUUCUUUGGAUAGCUCAGUGAAAUGUUCACUGUAAGUAUUCUGUGUAUUCUGUGUUAAUUUAUAAAUUAGUGCAUAUGAGGAGUAUUCUGUGUGUG